AUGCCCUCAACUUCAACCUCGUCUAUGUCUCAGCGACACACUCAAACCACCUCCGGGACCCGACUCCCCACCACGGCAACCGUGCUUUCCACCAACACGAAGACUAUCAACACCACCUACCCAAGACGCAACGCGGUUGCCCAAGAAAAACAACAUACCAAACCCGCCUUAUCCGCGAACCACCUCGAAGCUACCAUCGGGCAUCCCAAAUCCCAGCCAACUGCCGAUGCGAUAGAUGACGCCGCCAAGACCAUAAGCCGAGUUUCCCGUGGUCCUAUCCCGAGUACAUCUGUUUACACCACCAAGAAGGCUAAGACUACGACAGCCCCAGCGGGGAGGUCCAACCCAACUAUCAAGGCUCGAACGAGCCUCAAACCCACCUCAUCGACUACAACUACAUCCACGACCUUUGUCACAGCGCCACAAACCGAGGUCGAGCCCAAAUCCAGAGUGGACACAGGAAUUCUCAAGAUGUGUAGCGGUGCCGUGAGCGGGACGAGCGGGCUGGUCAAGCGGUUCGUCGAGCAGAUGGAGAAGGGGAAGAUAAAUGCGAGUACUGUGGAAUGUCAUUCGCAAGUGAAGAAUGACGAGCGAAGAAAGGGCACAAAGAUACUGGAGACGAAGUCUGAGAACAAGCGCGAUGUUCACCAGAGUAUCGAGAGACGUCCGGCGGCGGUGAUGUAUAACGUCUUGAGAUAUGCAGCUUUGGUACAGGAGGGGCCAUUUAUUUUCCAACAAGACAGUAAAGUUCCCGAGGUUGGCGAUCAGCGUACCAAGAUGAAGGGAAGAAUGCCCCCAAGAGUACAAGAAAGCGAGCAAGACCCGGAUAAUACCUUCUAUUCGAAGCGGAACCCAAAAGAUGCAGUCACCUGCAGGCCGUACACCCUCACGCCCCCACCCUUGAUACCAUGUCCGGAGGAUUGGGAAGAAAUGCAAGAGCUGUGUUCGCCUUGUUACGGCCAUAUUCGAAGUAGUGGCUCAAGCGGUUCAAGGUUACGAGAAGGGGUGGUCCUGAGGUAUGCGAUGAGGACGCAUGGAUCUCCUGUACCCAAUUGUACGUUGGAGGAGCUCGCGCUGCGGAUGCCUACUAGUGCGCUCAGUUGGCCACCUAGGGAGGGGAAAGGACGACAUGGGAAGGGGAGACGACCAGAUAUGUUGGGUGGGAAGAACGGUCCCGUUACUAGAAUCCCGACCAAACGUGACCAGCUCAAGUGGAGAUAG